UAGAACGGCUGUUCUAUCAAAUCGCGGCCAGCAACCCAAACGACCCUAGGAAAAACAGAGCCGACAAGGACAAACCCCCCAAAGAGCCCUCAUUUCCCGAACUAGCUCCCAAACCCCUAUUGCGGCAGCAAUCGCCGGAGAGUGGGUCUGUUGCAGACCGCAACUCGUCCAGAGAAACUCCACUGCCGCCAGACCCGGGCACGACCUACGGGUCCAGCGGCGCAGCAGCAGACGCUUCCGCGGUGAUAUCCUUCGAAGCCUACAAAAACGCAGUCCGAGAUUCACCCGAAUUCCUGGAGCUCAUCGGUGCAGCAUAUUCAUGGUCUUCAACAUCUGAACAAAUGAAUAACCAUAGCAGGAAUUCGUGACUUUUUCCCCUUAGUAUAGAUACGAGGCUGCGCUGCAAAUCUUGAUUGGCUUCUGCCCGUAAAACGGCGAAGGUUUAGGUCCAGCGACGCUCAAAGCACUAAAUAAAAGAACAACCGGUUAGUUUUUACCUCUAAAACUUAGGCUUAUCCCAUGCAGCAACAUACUCAUGGCCUUCUGUGUCCUCUGUACUUAGACUAAUCAACUACUCGUGUGGUUUCAUCUUUCCAGUUCUGUAUGUAAACAACAAAAACAAUCUUAGAAUAAAUAAUGCCACCAGCAUUACAACCUCCUUGAUCUUCAUCAUAUCAUUAUGACAUCGUGUCGUCGAUAGUUGAGUGUGCUUGCUAGUAGCUCGCGUUUGUAAAACUAAAAUCGUGUUCUUGAUGAACCUGGCACAGUAAAACCAUAUGCAUGAUCAACAUCUAGCCACAAUCGUUUUGUCAGGCUUGAUCCCGCCUUGGAAGCCGCGGGAAGCAGCGCCACCGCGAGUCUUUCACCACAACAACCAGCAGUGGCGUAUUACCAAUCCGCAGGAGUUUUGGAGUUUGUUACUUGAGCUACGAGAUGAGGUGAAUGCGCUACGCGACCCUCUGGCGAGUCCGGCACUUCUCAACGAUUCAAAGCUAC